AUGACUGAACUCAAAUCGGACUCCCCCGAGCACACAUUCGAGGAGUUAUCACAGGCGAAUUCUACAACAAGUGAUGAAAAGAUAAAUAAUGCCAGGAAUUCUAGUUCGGCAGAUGAAUACUCUAAAGCGAUACUAUCUGAAUCUACCAAAGAUGAUGAAAGAAGUGUUCUCGCUUUGAGCGAUGAUGAAAAGGACAAGGAAAUUGAGAAGAUGGCUACGGAAAUGGGUAUAAAUCAUAAGAAGUUGAUGAUGAAGAUUGAUUUUUAUGUUGUCCCACCAUUUAUUUUGCUUUAUUUCUUGGCAUUUCUUGACAGAGUGAAUAUCUCAAAUGCAAAGGUGUAUGGUAUGGAGGAUGAAUUAGGUCUUCACGGCAAUCAGUUCAACACCGCCUUGACAAUUUUCUUUGUGCCAUAUGUUUUCUUCGAGGUUCUUUCGAACUAUCUCAUGAAGAUCGUGAGUCCACAUCUAUGGCUUGGAACAAUGAUAUUUCUAUUUGGUAUUGCUGGUAUGUGUCAGGCUUUCAUCAAAAAUUACAGCGGCUUGAUCGCAUGCAGAUUCUUCUUGGGUGUCUUCGAAAGUGGUAGUUUUCCCGCUUUGUUCUACCUCCUUUCCUCUUAUUACUGUAAGCGAGAGUCGCAAAGAAGAUUCUCAUUCUUUUUCAGUUGUACUUGUCUAGCAGGUGGAUGUGCUGGUGCCAUUGCAUUUAGAAUUCACGACUUAGAUGGUGUCAGAGGAUACUCUUCGUGGCAAUGGAUUUUCCUUAUCGAGGGUGCUAUAACUGCAUUUCUGGCCAUAUUCCUUUACUUUGCCAUUGCAGACUUCCCAGAGCAAGCCCGUUUCCUCAAUGACAAUGAACGUAAAUUUUUGAAACGGAAACUUGAAUAUGAUGCUGGUAAGUCCGCAUUUGAAGUGAAUAUGAACUGGAGAGACAUUUUGGGAUUUUAUAAACUUCCUCAGGCUUAUUUAACCGCACUUUGCUACUUCGCCUUAGUGAUUCCUUCAUAUGGUUAUGCCUAUUUUGCCCCAACAAUUAUAAAAUACUUGGGAUACACUUCAUGGAGCGCCAACGAACAUUCAAUAUAUCCAUGGAUUCUUGCCUGGGGAUUCACUUGUAUUCUGUCGAUUGCUUCGGAUAAAGCCAGACUUAGAUUACCAUUUGCUCUAUUUUCAUGCAUCAUAGCUAUCGUUGGUUUUGCGAUGGUAAUGGCAUCCGAAGACUACAAAGUUAAGUAUGCUGGAUGCUUCUUAGCGGUUACUGGCUUAUACUCUGCUAUGCCCGCUGUUGUUUGCCUUUUUUCUUUGAACUUUGCAGGUCACAGAAAUAAAUCCGUUGGAACAUCCACAAUUGUCGGCUUUGGUAACAUUGGUGGUAUCAUCUCACCAUGGUUGUUCCCUAAUACCGAUGCUCCAAAUUAUCAUACUGGUAUGGUUGUUUCCAUCUUCUUUGUUGCAUUAUCGUUUGUUGUUACAUGCGUUUACACGUUAUAUACUGUGCGCAUGAACAAAUUAAAACAGACUCCUGACUAUCGUGAGAAGUGGGCACUAAAGGAUGAGAGAACUAAGCUAAUAGACGGUGAUCUCAAUCCCGAUUUCAAGUAUAUGUACUAA